UGCAUCUCCACCGCCGGAUUAGUUUAAUGAAUGGCUCGUCCGAUCUCUUACUUAUGUGCCAGCCGAACAAUUAUUUACACAAAGUGAACUGUAAUAGAAAACUACAAUAAAAUUAAGAAUAAAUUAGGCUGUUAAGGGAUUAGUGCAUAGAAUCUGAAGUGUUAGUGUGAUCCUACAGCAUAACAAAAACGAGAUGCCUGAAUUAAAGCCAAUAUACGAAGGGAAAUUUAUCGACAGAAGUCCGACGACUUUCGCUGCUGGGAAACUGAUCCCUGUUGGAGAGAGAGCCGCAGGCUGUUUGGCAGAAAUCGUUCCAAGGCCACUUACUCCACCUGUUGUAAAAAAGUUUCGGAAUACCACACAUCCCAAGCCAUCUACAAGUAGAAUAUUCUAUGGAAAAGCCAAUGAUCCAGAUAUCGCUCUCCACCUGGUGCAUGGUAUCAGCACUCGGACCUCUUUAAGUGCAGGAUCACUUGUAAAUCCUCCUCCCAAGACCUUGUUUGAGCAAAAGCUUCUGGACAGAAAAGAAUUCAAGUAUGGCAGCCAUGUACAAAUGCCACUUGGAAGGUCACAUGAACAAACAACACAACUUCCAUAUGGAAUGGGUAUAUAUGACACCACUUUUGGAAGAAGAACCAUAAGAGCUAUGUCUGCUAGGGAGAUUGUGAACCCAUCAAAGAGCCGAGAAGAGGUAGAUAAGGAGGCACAAGCAGGACACCAGCUGUAUUCUUUGACACAUAAUGAUUACAAUGUAGGAGAAAUAAAAGAUCGGAAGUAUGACUGGUCAAAAUACAGAAGAGACAGCACAUUUGGAAUGGAGACACCACAUUUCAAUGAUGGAAGAAAUGUUGCAAAAUCUUUACGUUGGUUACAUGAACUUCAAAAAGAGAAAGCAACAAGAAUAACUUCUAAAAGAGCAAAUGAUUUUAGGGAAAGAUCACAACAUCAGCUUGGAAAAGUUCUUGACCCAAUAGCUGAUACCCUGAAUGUUCCUCCAAAUCACACAUUUGGCAUUAUGCACCGUCCAGAUGAGUUUGGUGCUGGUGAUCUUAUUCAUAACACACCUUACAAUGAAUUCCUCCGAGGCAAAGACCGACAACGUGCAGUCCUGAGUACAGUACGUCAGCAUUUGAAAAAGGCAAACUAUCACAACUUCAACUCUCUUCUAGAGGGAUUUAGGUAUUACGAUAAGAAAGGUGAUGGAAAAAUUGACAAAGAUGAGUUAUGGAAAGUAUGUGAAGAGUUUCACCUUGACCUGGAACCUCAGCUCCUUGAUGCAUUGAUUGAAUACUGUGAUGUCGAUGGAGAUGGCCUUAUUAACUUUGUAGAGUUUGUGAAUUUUCUUAACUGGAAGGAUAAACUGCCCCUUGGACCAACAGAAGAACAAAUACUAAUGAAAGGAACAAAAAAGAAAGCAGAACCAUCAGAUCUCCCUCCUUCUGGGACUGAUGGAAGCAAAUCAGGUGGAGGUACACUUGUAAAACCUGAAGAUCUUGUACCGUUGGAGCAUGGCAGCUCGGUGAAGAUACCUGUUACUCUUACAAAACCAAGGGACCGUGUACGGCAUCACUAUCAAACUUCUUCCUCCAUGAUCAAUGCAGUUGUAGGACGUUUCCCUGUAACAAAUUAUCAUACCUAUGGAGUUCCUACUGUGCGCAGUGAUCUGGCAGCCCCACGAAUAAAACGUAUCAGUGACAGCAUAAACUAUGGAGAUGAAUCCAGUAUUUAUGGACUGUUAUCUCCUUCUCUGUUUGCUAAUGCUGGGGUUUAUGAGAAAGAUUUCUUCAUACCAAGGUCUAAAGCUGAGGUUGCAAGAAUUUUCCAUAGUAUUGGAGUGGAUAUUUCUGCAGAUGCAUUUAAUGAGGUUUGGAAGCAAGCUUCUAUGAGACAUCCAAAAGGAGAAGUGUCUGUGGAGACAUUUAGAAAUGUAUUGAGUUCAGUUCAGGCCAUGAAUGCUGCAGCUUAAUUACCUAAUUCUAAGCAGCUGAUACAUGUAUAUGUGUGCAUGCCAUUUGAUGUGCAACUAUUGUAAUGUACCUAACCAAUAGUCAAUGUAAAUUAUUAUGGCAAAGAUUAUUUUCACUUGAAACAUAAUUCCAUUUCCACCUACCACUCAGUGCAUCUCAUUGAUAUUUAUGGUACCAGUAAAUUGCCUUCAUUUAAACUUAAAGUAACAAUUUGUCCCUAUUUCUGUUACAGAUGGGCAUAAGCUUGUCUAAGAGGGAUUUGUCAUCUCAUAACUAAUAAGAAGUGAACAAAUCCACCCCUGCAAAAACAUUUGGCUAUUUGAGAUGUCCAAUAUUGUUUGUGGGAGAAGUGAUAUCACACAGAGGCUAUAGAGAGAGGGAAUUUACUUCUAGCUAUGGAUAAAGCAAGUUCAUCUUUGCUGGGCUUAGUUGUAGAAUUCAUGUGAAGAAAUUGCUUUAAUGUUUAUUACAGAUUUGAUACUGGGUAUAUACAAGUAUACUUUUCUGUAGAACAUAUAUUUUGGUUGUAUUCUUUGUAAACUACUGUUAUGACAGAUAUUGAAAGUACAAUAUGUGAAAUUCAGGUCAAUAAAUGUACUCUUUUUUUCAAGAGCAGAUUAAUUUGAAAUAUUGGUCUGUAUGUAUAUCCUAAGGUUAGUAAAAACUGAUUUGUCUAGACUUCUAUGUGGUUACUGUUCUACUCCUGUUCAUGAGUUUGAAAGCACAGUGGGGAUGUACUAUUACUAAACAGUGUUUGAACAAACUGUAUUAAUUUCUUUGCUUGGAGAGUAUUUACUGUUACAUGUCAGUUGACCACUGACAGGUUUUUGUAUUCUGUGGGAAUUUUUGAAACACUGUCAGAAAUGGUUUCUGUAUCCAUUUAAAAAUUUUGGAAACAC